AUGGUGACACAGGUGAGAUACAACACAGAUGGAGGCUCAUAUGUGAGCCUUUAUGGUGACACAGUGAGAUACAACACGGUGGAGCUUUGUGAGUCAUAUAGUGAGCCUUAUGGUGACACAGGAGUACGAGGUCCUCAUAGGUCCUCAGUAGGAGUGGGAGGUCCUCAUAGGUUCUCAGUAGGAGUGGGAGGUCCUCAUAGGUCCUCAGUAGGAGUGGGAGGUCCUCAUAGGUCCUCAGUAGGAGUACGAGGUCCUCAUAGGUCCUCAGUAGGAGUGGGAGGUCCUCAUAGGUUCUCAGUAGGAGUACGAGGUCCUCAUAGGUCCUCAGUAGGAGUACGAGGUCCUCAUAGGUCCUCAGUAGGAGUACGAGGUCCUCUUAGGUCCUCAGUAGGAGUGGGAGGUCCUCAUAGGUCCUCAGUAGGAGUACGAGGUCCUCUUAGGUCCUCAUAG